GGGCCCAGCCCGGCCGCCUUGGCCAGUCGGGGGUUCAGGGAAGGGAAGGCGAGGCCGGUUACGAGAUAAAAGAAGCCAACGGAAACCUCGGAUAUAAAAAGAAGAGGGUGUUCUUUAUUUUUUAUUUUUUAUUUUUACACGCCUGGACUUCUACUUGUGGCAGCGGGGCCAGCCCUGCCGCCCCGGCAUGAGAAGGCUCUAGGGCGCUCGCGCGGGGACCAUGGUGCUGCCUUCGCGGCUGCACCGGGUCAGCAGCAGGCCGUGGAGGGACCGGAGGCGGAGGCGGCGACCCGGCCGUGAGUGCCCCACAGGACUACCAGCCAGACUCCCAGAAAUCAUGUUGGUGGGAUCCCAGUCCUUCUCACCUGGAGGGCCCAAUGGAAUCAUUAGAAGCCAGUCCUUUGCGGGGUUCAGUGGCCUUCAGGAGAGGCGAUCCAGAUGUAAUUCCUUCAUUGAAAAUGCCUCUGCUCUCAAGAAGCCGCAGGCCAAACUGAAGAAAAUGCACAAUUUAGGACACAAAAACAACAGUGCUCCCAAAGAACCUCAGCCUAAAAGAAUGGAGGAGGUCUACAGGGCCUUGAAGAGUGGGCUUGACGAAUAUCUAGAGGUUCACCAGAUGGAACUGGACAAGUUGACAGCUCAGUUAAAAGAUAUGAGAAGAAACUCUCGCCUGGGUGUGCUGUAUGACCUAGACAAGCAAAUUAAAACGAUUGAAAGAUACAUGAGACGCCUGGAGUUUCACAUUAGUAAGGUAGAUGAACUCUAUGAAGCUUAUUGUAUCCAAAGACGCCUCCAAGAUGGUGCCAGCAAAAUGAAACAAGCCUUUGCAACGUCCCCUGCCAGCAAAGCUGCCCGAGAGAGCCUGUCAGAGAUCAGUCGGAGCUACAAAGAGUACACAGAGAAUAUGUGCACCAUUGAAGCAGAGCUGGAGAACCUGCUGGGGGAGUUCUCCGUCAGGAUGAAAGGUCUGGCUGGCUUUGCUCGCCUCUGUCCUGGAGACCAAUAUGAGAUUUUCAUGAAGUAUGGUCGGCAGAGGUGGAAACUGAAAGGCAAAAUAGAAGUGAAUGGCAAGCAGAGUUGGGAUGGAGAGGAGGUGGUGUUCCUGCCCCUGAUAGUCGGAUUGAUCUCCAUCAAGGUCACGGAACUCAAAGGUCUAGCAACGCACCUCCUGGUCGGCAGUGUGACCUGCGAGACCAAAGAGCUGUUUGCAGCUCGACCUCAGGUGGUAGCUGUUGACAUCAAUGACCUCGGCACCAUCAAACUGAGCCUGGAAAUUACCUGGUAUCCGUUUGACGUGGAGGACAUGGCACCGUCUUCAGGCGCAGGGAGCAAGGCAGCAGCGCUCCAGAGAAGAAUGUCCCUGUACAGCCAGGGCACCCCGGAAACGCCCACCUUUAGAGAUCACGCCUUCUUUUCUAAUCUACCUGAUGACAUCUUUGGAAACGGAAAGGCAGGCGAGGAGAAAGCACCGCUCUCUCUCAGCUUCAGUGACCUGCACGGAGGGGACCGCAUCCUCGCCCCCGACCCAGCAGGCUCUCUUUCCAGCACAUGCUCAGCAAAUCCAGAAAUUACCAUCACCCCGGCAGAGCUGAACCACAGCAGCCUGUCCUCCCAAAACGAGGGCAUGGGUGACGCCAGGCCAGCAUCUUCCAGAAACUCCUCGGGAGGCGGCCAGGAGCCAAAGCCACACGUGGAGGAAGACGCAGAGGAGCCUGGGGAACCCGAGGCAUGCCAGGGGUCUGCUGGUGGCGAGCACCCGUUCCUUGCGAAGGGUGUCGCAGAGGCGCUCCUGCAAGAGUCCGAUGAGGCUUCUGAACUCAAGCCUGUGGAACUGGAUGCUUUUGGAGGAAACGUCACGAAGCAGCUGGUGAAGAGGCUCACCUCAGCAGAAGCGCCGGCCACCACGGAGAGGCUGUUCUUUGAGGGCUCUGUCCGCAGAGACUCCCAAGGCUGUAGGUCCUUUCUAGACGGAAGCUUAGAGGAUGCCUUUAAUGGGCUUUUCCUUGCAUUAGAACCACAUAAAGAGCAGUAUAAAGAGUUUCAGGAUCUGAACCAAGAAGUCAUGCAUUUGGAUGAUAUUCUAAAAUGCAAGCCAGCAGCAAGCCGCAGCAGGUCUUCCAGUUUCAGUCUGACAGUUGAGAGUGCUUUAGAAAGCUUCGAUUUCCUGAACACCUCUGAUUUUGACGAGGAGGAGGAUGGUGAUGAUGUUUGUAAUGUUGGAGGAGGUGCUGACUCAGUAUUUUCAGACACUGAGACUGAGAAAAACAGUUACCAGUCAGCACACCCAGAAGCCAGGGGGCAUCUUAGCGAAGCACUGACUGAAGACACAGGAGUCGGGACUAGCGUGGCAGGAAGUCCUCUCCCACUGACCACAGGGAACGAAAGCCUGGACAUCACCAUUGUUAGGCACCUUCACUGCUGCACCCAGCUCGUGCAGCAAAUUGUUUUCUCAAGCAAAACCCCAUUUGUGGCAAGAAAUCUGUUAGAGAAGCUUUCUAGGCAAAUCCAAGUGAUGGAGAGACUCUCAGCCGUCAGCGAUGAGAACAUAGGAAGCAUGAGUUCUGUGGUUGAAGCCAUACCAGGAUUCCACACAAAGCUAUCUUUGCUGUCAUUCUGGACCAAAUGCUGUGGCCCAGCUGGUGUCUACCACAGCUCAGCUGACAGGGUGAUCGAGCAACUGGAAGCCAGCUUUGCCGGAACUGUCAACAGAGAAUAUCCAGGACUUGCAGACUCAGUGUUUCAAACCUUGGUGUCCCAAAUCCUGGACCAGGCUGAGCCCCUGCUUUCCUCUAGCCUCUCCUCAGAAGUCAUCACCGUUUUCCAGUAUUACAGUUACUUUACCAGCCACAGUGUGAGCGACCUAGAGAGUUACUUAAAUCAGCUGGCCAAGCAAGUUUCCAUGGUUCAGACUCUGCAGUCACUAAGAGAUGAAAAGCUGCUCCGGGCCAUGACUGACCUUGUGCCCAGCGGCCUCCCAGCCCAGCAGGAAGUACUCAGGACACUGGCUCUGCUGUUGACCGGUGCUGACAGCACAGUCAGUGAGGCUGUGAUGCGCUACUUGGCAGCAGCCUCUAGAAACAAGCACUUCAGAGAAAAGGCCCUGCUCUAUUACUGUGAAGCAUUAACGAAGGCGAACCUCCAGCUCCAGAAGGCAGCUUGCCGGGCCCUGAAGAGUUUGGAGGCUACUGAAAGCAUUAAAAUGUUGGUGACAUUGUGUCAGUCCGAUGCUGAAGAAAUCAGAAAUGUGGCCUCAGAAACCCUUUUGUCUCUUGGAGAAGAUGGGCGGCUGGCAUAUGAACAACUAGACAAGUUUCCACGAGACUGUGUAAAAGUUGGAGAAUGUCAUGGAACUGAAGUUGCCACAGCCUUUUAAUUGUGGGUUAACUCUGCCUGACAGCUGUCUUAAAUGGCCCUAUUCGUCAAGAUGGUGCUGUGGUUUAGCUGGAAUGUGUAAACUUUGAAGAGAUCUGUUGAGGUUGUCUGAAAAUGUAACAUGUUAUAGAAAGAAUUCAAGUCCAGUUUCACAGUACCUACCUAGUUUUCCUUUGGCCGGAAGAGUAGGGCUAUGUGUGUAACUCAGUAGAUGGCAUUGCUCAUUGUGUCUGACAAUACAAGAGGCUAUCUUAUCUAGUAUCUAUGGAAUUUUAAAACAGCCAUCCUUGUACUUUUUUGGAAGUUCUUCUAUAAGCUUGAAAUAGUCAUGUGAUACUUUGAUAAAUAUUAUAUACCUUGCAGUUUUUCUCUCUUGUGGUCUCAGGGUUGAAUGGCCCCCUUUACCUAAUUUACCUUAGAUGCAAAGCACAAAAAAGAAUUUCUUCAAAUAAGUUUG